AUGGAUAACUGCCAUCUAGGUAAUCCGAUGACAUACCGUGAGGGAAAGCCACAUGAACCUGUUGCCGCCAAGACACGAUUGGGCUGGAUAGUGUAUGGAUCGUACCCAACGAAUACCGGUAAUGGCGCGAAUGGCUUCCUAAACCAUCAUAGCCCACAAGUUUGCCCGUGUGUAGAUAGCACAGACGAUAGAAUCGAUAUUGAGCUUAAGAAAUAUUUUGCGAUCGAUUCGAUGGGCAUUACCAAAUCGCCCCAUCCAGUUGGCUCUAAAGAUGAUGAAAAGGCGUUGGAGAUCCUUGCAACCACGACUCAUUUAAAAGGAAAUCGUUAUGAAACAGGUUUACUGUGGAAGUAUAGCAAUGUUCAGCUACCACCAAGUAAACUCAUGGCCAUAAGACGUUUCGAAUGCCUGCAAAGAAAAAUGCAAAAAGAUCCGGUGUUGAGAGCUGCUAUCAUUGACAAGAUGAACGAUUACGAAACAAAGGGCUACAUCCGGCGCCUCACACCAAGCGAAAUAGCUGAUAAACGGAAUACAGACUGGUUCUUGCCGACAUUUCCGGUAACGAAUCCUAACAAGCCAGGAAAAAUCCGUAUAGUGUUCGACGCAGCCGCCAAGUCUAACGGAGUCAGUCUAAAUACGUUCCUGCUAAAGGGUCCAGAUCAGCUGGUAGACCUCCUGACGGUCCUGUAUAAGUUCCGAGAGCAUCGAAUAGGCGUAGUAGGAGACAUCAAGGAGAUGUUCUUUCAAGUGGCUAUGCGACCCGAGGAUCAGCGCAGUCAAAUGAUUCUAUGGAACGGUGGCGAGACUGAUAAGGCUCCAGACGUGUAUGUUGUUACCGUUAUGACGUUUGGGGCGGCGUGCUCGCCCUGCUGCGCGCAUUAUGUAAAGAAUUUGAACGCUGAAAAGUAUAGAGAUGAGUUUCCUCGUGCCUUUGAAUGUAUUGUCAAGGAGCAUUACGUCGAUGAUAUGCUCGCCAGUGUCGAAACUGAAGACGAAGCAAUUAAGCUGGCGAAGGACGUACGUCACGUGCAUGCGAAAGGCGGAUUCGAGAUUAGAAACUGGCUCUCGAACUCGCAUUUGGUGAUGGAACAGCUAGAUGUACCAGUAAAGAUAGAGAAGGAUGUUAACGUUGGCACAGAUACGAGAACAGAAAAGGUAUUGGGAAUGUGGUGGGACACGCAAGCCGACACAUUCACGUAUAAAGUCUCACCUAGAAACGACGAGCAGUUACUGGCAGGAGCGAAACUGCCGACUAAACGCGAAGUGCUGCGUAUCCUUAUGAGGAUUUACGAUCCUUUGGGUCUAUUGGGGAACGUGUUGAUGUUCCUGAAAGUAUUGCUGCAAGAAAUAUGGCGCGCUGGUGUCGGAUGGGAUGAGCAGAUUGGCGGCCGUUUAGCAGAACAGUGGGAAAGGUGGACCAGCAUUUUACCUGCCGUCUGCCAGAUCAAGAUACCACGGUGCUACCGCCAGCGUACGUCGGCCCUCCCUGGUAACGUACAGCUUCACAUAUUCUGCGACGCAAGUGAAAACGGGAUGGCAGCGGUUGCCUAUUUCCGAAUUGCAGGCAGCAGUGAUUGGCGCACGGCUCGCACAUACGAUACACAAAUCACAUCGUUUAAUAAUCACAAGAACAAUCUUUUGGUCGGACUCAAGGGACGUCAUCUGUUGGUUACGUUCAGAUCACAGACGAUACAGUCAAUUCGUGGCCUUCAGAGUCGGAGAAAUCUUAGAGUUGACCAAAGUAGACGAUUGGCAGUGGAUAUCAACGAAGGCCAAUGUGGCAGACGAUGGUACGAAAUGGGCAAAAAUACCCGAUUUAAGCACCAACAGCAGAUGGCUCAAGGGUCCGAGCUUUCUAUGGCAGCUGGAGAGCGAUUGGCCAGCUUCACCGACACGACCAGAUGA